AUGCCGGCACUGACCUCCACCGCCAGCACGCUGGUGCGGACAUGCGCCCGCCAGCAAUUGCCCGCCGUGCGCGCCAGCGCCGCCGCCAUGCAGAAACGGUCCGUCACCGAGGUGUCCAACACUUCAUCGUUUGACAGCCCCUUCAAGGGCGGCACCGGCGCUAGCACGACCAAGAUUCCCAAUUUUGGCCAGUACAGGAACCGGGGGGGCGAGACGAGCAAUAAGGUCUUUCAGUACUUCAUGGUUGGGUCGCUUGGUGCUCUGUCUGCGCUGGGCGCGAAGGCGACUGUGCAAGAUUUCUUGGUGAACAUGUCCGCAUCUGCCGAUGUUUUGGCCCAGGCGAAGGUUGAGAUCGACCUAGCCUCCAUCCCAGAGGGCAAGAAUGUCAUCAUCAAAUGGCGAGGCAAGCCCGUAUUUAUCCGUCACCGUACCGCGGACGAGAUCAAGGAGGCCGAGAACACAAAGUGGGAGGCUCUGCGAGACCCCCAGCCCGAUUCGGAUCGUGUCCAGAAGCCUGAGUGGUUGAUAAUGCUGGGUGUCUGCACACAUCUUGGAUGCGUCCCAAUCGGCGAGGCGGGUGAUUUCGGCGGUUGGUUCUGCCCAUGCCACGGUUCUCACUACGACGUCUCUGGCCGUGUCCGAAAGGGGCCUGCCCCGUUGAACCUGGAGGUCCCGGAAUACAGCUUCCCGGAGGAGGAGAAGGUCAUCAUUGGAUAA